UGGGACAUGUGAAAGACUUCUCCCACUGGCCGAAGCAGCCUCCCCAUACCCUUUGGCCUCAAGGGAAGCUGGUCUACUUCCUCCCAUUUUUUUUAUCAAAGAAUGUGCCAAUAAGCAGCAAUCGGCAAGAAUGUGAACAACUUUUCCAGUGGUUGGUAGCAGUGGCUCACACAGCUCUGCAGACCCCUAAAAAGGACCCAGGACGGGAGCGCUCAGUUGAACCACCAUGAAGACUGUUAGGAUAGCCCUUCUCAUCCUCCUCCUAACCCCACUCAAGCUCCUCACUACAGCAACUGAGACACCCAAUACAAGUGUUCCUUCUGUCAUUACAUCUGUCCGUACAACCGAUGCUGCUGCCACCGCUGCUGUGACCACACGCAGGACAGAGACCAAAUCUGCCACAGUAACUGCCACAGUAACUGCCACGGAAAAACCAGCAUCAACAACAUCCCAUCUCUCAGUGCGUUCCACAUCUCUACGUGCUAAGGAUGAUGAAAAAGUGGCAGAGACCCAGGCCACAACAACUGUUCCCACGAGUGACCCACUCAAAGAUGUGACCACAGUUCAGCCUAUAUCAAAGACUCACUUACAAGGUAUUCAGACAACCACACAGAGCCAUGGUUUUCCUUCACCAGGAUCCUUGACCACCUCCAGACCAGAAGAGAAAGUUUCAGGUGGUGGAAUUACAGGUCAGGAAGAAGACAAGAACAAUAGGAAUGCGGGUCAAGAUGCCAGUCGGUCCUCUACUAUCACCAUCUGUGGUCACCAUGCUGGAGAUGAAGAACCGGAAACUCCUAAAUCAAAUAAGAAGAUGCUGUGGAUUCUUUUGCCAGUCUUGGGAGUUGUGGUGGCUGCUGUCAUCUUCAUUUUCAAAUUUAAAUGCAUGAAGGUCCACGAUCACACAGAGGCAAUUGAUAAUGGAACAGAAAAUGCCUCUUUCCAGAGCAGGUCGGACAGCACCAAAGAUGGUGUCAUGCUUCUCGGGGUGAAGUCCUCAGGUGCUGCUGCACGAUAAAAAGGAGGGCGUCCCAUUCUACAGUAUAUGACCAAUAGCUCUCACAACCCAAAAAAUGGUCAAGACCUUCAACUAUCUAAAAAUGCUGGACAAUCAAAUAUGGCGUAUAAGAAUCCCAAAAGCUAAGUGGGCACAUUCUUAUACUGUAUAGUGUGGAAAGAAGAUUGGUGUGGAGUAUUGUAGGAUAUGGGACUCUUAACUGAACAUGUGUCUGUUAAAAAAUGUUCACUAAGAUACUGUAUAUCAUUUCAAAAAUAUGUACUUCACUGUUUUUUGUAUUCUUAUUUUGAUGGUAAUUUAGCCAAGGAGGAACUGCGAUCUCAAUUUAAUCAAGACUAACAUCCAGACAUUUCAUUCAGGAAAACAAUGCAAGAUUUUGAAUGAAUAUAAAUAAAUUAACCCAAAAGCUCAUUGUCUGGGUGCAAGAGGAUUGUUUGUCUCAUCCCUGUAUUUAAGAUACUGGUUUUGAUUUUAUAUCACACAAACAUGUAUGAAAUCCAAAUGCAUUGAACCUGAAUUCAGCACACAAUUCCUUGGUUCAAACCAGUUAGUGACCAGUACACAUUAUUAAGUGUUUGUAUGCUUUAAAUCUGUUGUAAUAAAUGAUUUAGCUUUCAGUGUAAAUGCCAGGAUUGUAAAGAUUAGCUAUAUUGCCGGUAUGUUUCCUGCUUUUCAACCAGUUUUUGUGUAUAUUAGAGCAAACAAUAAGACUUCCCACUGGUCAAAGAUGAUUUGAAUUUCUCAAAUAAAGAAGAACGUUAUUUGACUGA